GGAUAUCAAUAACCUGGCCUUGAAGCUUGGUUCAACGUUCAAAGCUGAGGUUCCAGUGCGUAAAGAGACAGCCAUGCACGCAUUGACGACAGAAGUGUUCUCUCAGCUUCACUUUGUGAACGACUGUCCGGGUGAAUUGCACGGACUUGAGAAAAAGGUGUAUAUCGAACCUCUCGUUGGGCACAUGCGACAUCCCCGAGCGCUGGACGAGUGUAGUCUUACUGAAGCCAAAGUCCAUGUGAUGGAUGUGUCAUACUUGCUCGUCAAUCCAUGGCCUGCAUCUGAUUUUCUAUUAUUGUACCCUGGCAAAAGGUAUCUUUUGGAUUGUGGCACGUCAACUUUUGACACCAGCUUGAUGUUUUUGACAACACGAUAUCGUCAGUCCGGCAUCGAAUUUGAUAGAAUAUGGGCAUGGGAGGCAGAAGCACAGCCAUCAAGGGCUUAUUGGGAUGCAGUACCUGACAUCUACAAGUCGCGGCUUCAUUAUUAUAAUACACCUAUAACAGAUGACAUUGCACAUGCGGAUCAUCCUCUGAGCGUUAUACGCGACAUCUACCGACCAGGGGACUUCAUUGCCUUAAAACUUGACAUUGACAACAGUCCUCUGGAGACCGCUAUCGUCGAAGCAAUUGGAAAUGAUCCACACCUUGUGCAAUCCAUUGGCGAGAUGUUUUAUGAACAACACUACAUCCACCGUGAAAUGGCGCCGUACUUCGGUACAAAUUUAAGUGUCACAUUGGAGAUGGCGCAAAGGAGCCUAGGCAAGCUUCGUCAAAUGGGUCUCAUCGUACAUUACUGGCCAUAACCAAUAACGAUUCAGUGGUAUUUCAGACCUUCAAGCAUCUCAAGCUUGGUCAAGCCAGUACAGAAGCGCAUUUGCAAAAAUACUCUUUACGCAUUGUAAGGUAUUACUGUGGUGCAAACGGCUAUGGUAAGGUCGAGGAUCCGACAAAGCUUUGCGUAAGGCUGCAUGAGACUCCCAAAAUAUGUAUAUGAAUCGUUGCCUUGCGUUGCUAGGCAUAGCUUCAAUUGCAAGAAACGCCCUACCAUUACCACAUUGUGUCAUGUCAUAUGCCAUAUGGGCAGUGGCCCAGUGGGUGGUGCAAGAAAGUGUGCUCACCCACGGAGGGCAAUUGCUCAGGGGCAUGUCAAUAACACUGUAAGUGUGAC